GUCUGGGAUGAAAAUUUGAUUUAUGAUGAUGAGAUGGCUGCCAGGAAUAUGACAUGAUUAGCAUUCGGUUACCCGCUGUUUUGUCUCCUUUCAGACAAUUACACUAUGUUUCACCACCAAAGAUACCAGGAAAUGCCUUUAUAACAGACUCGAUCUUACCAAGACUAAUUUCUGCUGUUUACCAACAAAGAGGUGUCAGCCCCACCAUUCCAAAUAAUGAUUUAUAUCAGUUUGGUUUGCAGUACAGAAAACUCAACAAACUUGCUACUGAUUGCGAAAUGUAUCCACCAAAACUUCAAAGACUAGAUGGAUGGGGUGGCCGAAUAGACAGAGUUAUUACAUGUGAUUCUUGGAAAGAACUACACAACAUUGCCAGUACUGAAGGUCUUGUUGCUAUUGGACACGAUCUAAGCAGUGAUCAUGAGCUAAGAGAGGUGUGGCAGAGUAUCAAGCUAAUUUUGUUCAGUUCGGUUAGUGGUAUGGUAUCUUGUCCCCUUGCUAUGACUGAUGGUGCAGCGUCCACUCUCUCAAAGCUUCUUAAAUUUCACCAGAACUGUGCUCCUGGUGAAUGCUCGGUGUGCAGCGCUGAGUGGAUUUCGACAGUGUCUCAGACCAUAUCAAAUCUAACCUCAACUAAUCCUGAAAACUUCUGGACCUCAGGACAGUGGAUGACAGAGAGAGCUGGAGGUUCGGACGUGACCCGCUCCACACAAACAGUUGCACUGAGAGACGAGCACGGUGUACUCAGACUCUACGGCAACAAAUUCUACACUUCCGCCAUUGAUUGCCAGGUUGCUCUGGUUCUGGCAAGAUACGAUGAGAACUUGUCGCUGUUCCUUGUUCAUUUACCACAAGAAUAUGACGGUACGAUACAGAUAGAGAAGUUAAAGGAAAAGUUAGGUACACGACAACUUCCAACAGCGGAGUUAACACUAAACGGUGUGCCAGCUUUACUUCUUGCCGAGAGAGGCAUAGCAAACAUUGUACCUAUGCUUCAAGUGACACGUCUGUACAACGCACUCUCUGCUAUCUCCUACCUACGUCACGUGACCACACUAGCACACAGCUAUGCGGAGUCCCGCUCAGCAUUUGGGCACACCAUAAACAAACUGCCCCUUCACAAGACAUUACUUGCCAAGCUUGAGACCUUUUCUCGAGCUUUAAUCCUUCAGAGUGUGGACUUAGCCCUGAUUCUGAACGCAAAGGAGGAAACACCCUCACUAUCAAGCAGUGUGGGUAGAGUUCUAUCAGCAGUUGUAAAGAUACACACAGCACAGGUAGCUGUUACCACGCUGAGGGAAGGGCUCGAGUCUUUUGGGGGAGCUGGAUACAUGGAGGAUACAGGGCUACCAGGUUUAUUCCGGGAUGCGUGCGUACUACCCGUCUGGGAAGGGACAUCUGACGUCUUAUCCGCGGAGACAAUACGAGCACUGUCCAGGGGCUCGUCACAGACUGAUGUGUUCCGCUAUAUCCGCGAGUUGGCUAUGGGUUGGUGCGUGUUAGGUGGUCAUCAGUAUUCAGGCGAUCUUGAACCCUGCCAGCCAUUAGAGGUUCCUCUGACUGAACUAGGUCAGUAUCUCACACAACUAGAGGCAGCAUUAGAAGACUGUCAAUACACAGGUCGGACUGUAGCACUGGGUAUUGGGGCAGCACACGCUGCUGCCACUCUCAUUAGCUUCGCUAGAUACACUCAGCAGUCUUCUGAUGUGGCUGCAGCGAGAUUAUGGUGUAAAAUGGGACUUGUAUCGUUGAACAACCUUGAUUCUGCUGAUAUAGAAGAUGUUCUAUCUUCAACUAACUGAUGAUUACAAUUGUAUAUGGACACGUUCAUUUGAGUUUGAGGAUAUUGGUAAACAAAAAUAAUAGCGUUUUUGACGAUAGUGGCUUAAUUUUGACAUCUAUUAACCUAGCACGUUCAGAAGUUCUGAACAUUAGCCACGUAACCCAUACUCCCAUAUGCACCGCUCAGAAAGAAAAUCUAUUGUUGUUAGGCACUAUAAUGUUUCAAAUGUCACAUUUUGUGUGACUUAGUUAACUGCAGUUGUCUAAUUAUCAUUCCUUGGUCUGAAAUAUAGUAAAUUAGGUCAAUCUAACAAUUAUGAUACAACAUUGGUUAAUGGGCACGGAUCGAACGGUUACAAGGCAAUAUUUGGGUAACUUUGUCACACUCAUGAUACCAUACCUCUAUUCUACUGUGAGGUGUCCUAAAAACCCUUUCAACUCAUUAUUUGAUGGUUGCUCUACCAAUCAUAGCCCUAAAAUAUGUUGUUUUGAAUAGUUAGCUAAUACAGGCACUCGGUUAUUGGGAAAUGAGGUUAAUUCUGUCACAAUAUAUGGAAUUUAAAAUUUUGGGCGAAUUAUUUAUAUCUGAUUUUGGUUUGAAAGGCGGGAAAGUUUUAUAUGAUGACAAUGUAGUUGAUGCAAGUUAAGAUCAGUUGAUGUUAACAUUGUCACAAAAAAUUAUGCGAAAUCGUAAAUAGAUUAAAAACAAUGAUUAUAGAAUGAAAUAGUCUCUUAUAAUAACU